AUGGGAUAUGAUACUGGCAUGGUUAAAACCAACAUAUUUCAACAAUCAGUUACACUGACAGCAAAGAUGUGGCCGCCUCAGGAUAAAAACAGCACCGGGAAGGGGGAGCGAUGGAACUGGUCUACUUGGCGGGUUCCAAGUGACCAAUUACCCGUCGUAAUAGCAGCUUUCACAGGAGGGCUGCUUAUCAUCAUUCUAGUCCUCGCUGCUUUUCUAUGGAGGUUUUGUGUUGCUCCACACAGGAACAAGGAUUACCGGGUAAAAAUGGACGAUUCUGGGACAUCUUACCAGUCGAGGCCUGUAGUGCCGGUCAUGCCUAGCCAUUCAGCUGUAUACUUAGACCCUAAAAGUGGUGAAUGGUCUGUAAGUUCAAGAUUGGUAGGCGGAGGUCAUACCAGCCAUUGGUUUUAUAACAGUCAUAUUCUGAACCCUGCUAGGCUUGAAUCGUGUGCUGUUCCCAGGUCAAUUAGUGUACCUGCACCCCAUAACCCUCAGAGCGAGCUUAAAAGACCUCCUCGGCCGCACAGCCAGCCCUCAUCUAUCUCACCGGUAUCGAAAAGAGCAGAAGGCCCCUGUUCCCUUCCCCAAAUAUCCGAGUUCAGCCCUCACUGUGCUUCCAGCAGCAUUUUAGACGAAUGUGGGUCUCGAGAAAUGUACUUAUCACCGUUCUCCGGGGCUGUAAUGAAGACGCAAAGCCUUCCAGCUUGUGUGAGGAACAAAGCAAGACCUAUUUCAACUGCUGAUGACCUUUCGGAAUUAUAUGCAAAGGUGAAUUUUAGCAAAAAACGAAAAAACAGAAUGCGAAACGAUGAAGCAGCUAUUAUAGCCUUAAGUAAAUCGCGAAGUCAGUUUCUUCAUAAAGACACUGACUCGCUUGUUGACAAUGAGGCCGUAGUUGUGUAUGACGAACGAACGGCCCUAUAA